AAAAGACACUACCACCACACCCAGUUGUGGCUAUCAUCGGAGGAACGUCUGAUCGACCGACGGGAUGUACCUCUAUAACCUCACAUUGCAGAGAGCGUCCGGGAUCACCCACGCGGUCCACGGGAACUUCUCGGGCACCAGGACUCAGGAGUUGGUCGUGUCGAGGGGCCGGUCGCUCGAACUACUCAGGCCCGACCCUAAUACUGGAAAAGUCCACACCAUACUGACGACAGACAUCUUUGGGGUCAUCCGGUCCCUAAUGGCUUUCAGGUUAACGGGCGGAAAUAAAGAUUACGUCGUCGUUGGGUCGGACUCCGGACGGAUCACCAUCCUUGAGUACAACCAGGCAAAAAAUCAGUUCGAACGCAUCCACAUGGAAACAUUCGGCAAGAGCGGAUGCCGGCGAAUCGUCCCCGGCCAAUACCUAGCCAUCGAUCCUAAGGGACGUGCCGUGAUGAUUGGUGCCGUAGAGAAGCAGAAGUUGGUGUACAUCCUGAACCGCGACGCAGCUGCUCGCCUCACCAUUUCCUCUCCUCUCGAAGCCCACAAGAGCAACACCCUCGUCUACCACACAGUUGGCGUCGACGUGGGUUUCGAGAAUCCGCUGUUCGCCUGUUUGGAGAUUGAUUACGAGGAAGCCGACACGGACCCCACAGGAGAGGCGGUUCACAGGACGCAGCAGACGUUAACCUUCUACGAGUUGGACCUCGGGCUGAACCACGUCGUUAGGAAGUACCACGAACCCCUUGAGGAGCACGCGAACUUUCUUAUCUCCGUCCCUGGCGGGAACGACGGGCCAUCAGGCGUGUUGGUCUGCUCCGAGAACUACAUCACCUACAAGAACUUGGGGGAUCAGCCAGAUAUCCGCUGUCCGAUACCCAGGAGGAGGAAUGACCUCGAUGACCCGGAACGAGGCAUGAUCUUCAUCUGCGCUGCGACCCACAAAACUCGAUCCAUGUUUUUCUUCUUGGCACAGACGGAACAGGGGGACAUCUUCAAGAUCACCUUGGAGACCGACGAGGACGUGGUGACGGAGAUCAAACUGAAAUACUUCGACACCGUCCCACCAGCGACCGCCAUGUGCGUCCUCAAGACCGGGUUCCUGUUUGUGGCAUCGGAGUUCGGGAAUCAUUAUCUCUACCAGAUCGCCCAUCUCGGUGACGACGACGACGAACCAGAAUUCAGCUCGGCGAUGCCCCUAGAGGAAGGCGACACGUUCUUCUACGCCCCAAGACAGCUGCAGAAUCUGGUGUUGGUCGACGAGCUUGAUUCCCUCUCUCCCAUAAUGGCCUGCCAGAUUGCCGAUUUGGCCAAUGAAGACACACCCCAGUUGUAUACGGUCUGUGGACGAGGGCCGAGGUCGUCCCUUAGGGUGUUACGUCACGGUCUGGAGGUCAGCGAAAUGGCCGUCUCGGAGCUGCCCGGUAACCCCACUGCCGUCUGGACCGUGAGGAAACGCGGUGAAGACCAAUACGACUCCUACAUCAUCGUUUCCUUCGUCAACGCCACGCUGGUCUUGAGCAUCGGGGAAACGGUCGAGGAAGUAACGGACUCGGGAUUCCUGGGGACCACGCCCACUCUGGCCUGUUCUCAGCUCGGUGACGACGCUUUGGUUCAGGUUUAUCCAGAUGGUAUCCGACACAUCCGAGCAGAUCGCCGAGUCAACGAGUGGAAGGCCCCAGGGAAGAAGACCAUCGUUAGAUGCGCCUUGAAUCAACGUCAGGUCGUUAUCGCCCUGACAGGAGGAGAGAUCGUCUAUUUCGAGAUGGAUCCCACAGGACAGCUGAACGAGUACACAGAGAGGAAGGAAAUGAAGAGUGACGUGAUCUGCAUGGGGGUCGGGCGAGUGCCGUCAGGGGAGCAGCGAUCGCGCUUCUUGGCCGUCGGACUGUCUGAUAACACCGUCCGAAUCAUCAGCCUUGACCCUAAUGACUGCCUGACGGUGCGAGGUAUGCAGGCCCUUCCCGCCCUGCCAGAGUCCCUCAGCGUUAUCGAGAUGGGCGGGCAGGAAGGCUCUGAGAAUGAGCCUCGUACUUUGGGCUCUCUCUACCUCAACAUUGGCCUCCAGAAUGGCGUACUCUUGCGAACCGUCUUGGACUCAGUGACAGGGGAUAUGUCUGACACCCGUACUCGUUAUCUGGGUUCCCGCCCCGUUAAGCUGUUUAGGAUCAUCAUGCAGGGGAACGAGUCGGUGCUGGCCAUGUCAUCCCGUUCCUGGCUUUCAUACUACUACCAGAACAGAUUCCACUUGACUCCCCUAUCAUACGAGAGUCUGGAGUACGCGGCGGGGUUCUCGUCUGAGCAGUGUCCCGAGGGUAUUGUUGCCAUCUCCACGAACACCCUCAGAAUUUUGGCAUUGGAGAAGCUCGGAGCGGUGUUCAAUCAGGUGUCGCAUCCCCUGGAGUACACGCCACGCAAGUUCGUCAUCCACCCAGAGAGCGGACACCUGGUGGUCAUAGAGACAGACCACAACGCUUACACAGACGACACCAAGAGGCAGCGUAAGAUGCAGAUGGCCGAGGAACUAAGAGAAGCCGCAGGAGAGGAAGAGACAGAGGUCGCUGACAGGAUGGCCGAAGCGCUGUUGUCCGAGGAUCUUCCCGACUCGGUGUUCGGAGCCCCCAAAGCCGGGCCGGGCAUGUGGGCGUCUCUGGUGCGUAUCAUCGAGCCCAUACAAGGCAACACGCUUCACACGAUACGAUUGGACCAGAACGAGGCUGCCUUCAGUAUUUCGUUGGUGAAGUUCGCCAAUCAGACGGAUAUGGAUCAACAACAUCUUCUGGUGGGUACGGUCAAGGACUACCAGCUUAGCCCUAGGAUUGUCGACUGUGGCUACAUAUACUGCUAUAGAGUCGUCGGGGAUUGCACCAGCCUAGAGCUCGUCCAUCGCACCGAAGUCGAGGACAUUCCCACUGCCAUCUGCUCGUACAAUGGCCGCGUGCUGAUUGGUGUGGGCCGCCUGCUGAGAAUAUACGACCUGGGCAAGAAAAAGCUGUUGCGGAAAUGUGAGAAUAAGCACAUCCCUAACCUCAUCGUGGACAUCAAGGCUCGAGGCCAACGGGUGUUUGUCAGCGAUGUCCAGGAGAGUCUGUUCGUGCUGCGUUACAAGAGACAAGAGAAUCAGCUCAUCAUAUUCGUGGACGACACCAACCAGCGCUGGGUCACCACGUCGUGUCUCCUGGAUUUCGACACCGCAGCCGUCGCCGACAAGUUCGGUAAUAUUGCCGUGGUGAGACUGGGCGGAGAUAUAAACGACGAUGUUGACGAGGAUCCUACAGGCAACAAGGCAUUAUGGGACCGCGGACUGCUGAACGGCGCGUCGCAGAAGGCCGAGGUCAUCGCCAACUUUCACGUGGGCGAGACGGUGAACACCCUUGAGAAAGCAACGCCGAUUCCUCGAGGCAGUGAGUCGCUGGUGUACACAACCUCAGCGGACGUGUCAAGUGUUGGUGCCGCUACGUCGCGAAGACUACUUAACUGUUUCCAGAAUCUGGAGAUGCAUAUGAGGUCUGAACACCCGCCCCUGUGUGGCCGUGAUCACCUGUCCUUCCGAUCGUAUUUCUUCCCCGUCAAGAACGUCAUCGAUGGGGACAUAUGUGAACAGCUCAAUAUGGUCGACCAGGCAAAACAACGCAGCAUAUCCGAAGACUUAGACAAGACCCCUAACGAACUGUCCAAGAGGUUAGAGGAUAUCAGAACGCGAUAUGCCUUCUAGACUGCCUCCCCCACCUCCA